GGCUCACCUCCGCUCACAGGCGUCUUGGUCGCGUCAGAGGACCUGGGAGAGCCUAGAAGUCUCCCCAAAGAAGGAAAGCCCAUGCUAGGUGGAUUGUAGACUCCAAACUUAAUAUAAACACUUAACACUUCUUUUAUUUUUGCCUGCAGGUCAGUGUGGCAGCCCUGCCCAAAUUCCAAUAUGCGGCUGAUUUGUUUAUAGGUUUCUGGAGGGAUAUUUCAAAUUGCUAAAGGGAGUGAUAGAAGACAUUGCUUAUUAUGUCGCUCCCGAAAACGCCCUCCACGUCUAUACCUGAGGGCAAAAGUUUGAAAGUCUCUGCAUCCAAGGAAGAGACAGGACUUCCUGAACUAAGGGAGAAAAGAAGUCUGGUGGAUCGGUCAAAACCCCUGCCUCCUCCCCUUCAGAAUGAGUUCAUUCCUGAGGAAGUUCUGCUUUCUCUGACCUAUGCAGCCAGUGCUGGUCCUUGUCCUGAAAACUUACUGCCUCCUAAGAAAAGUAAGACCCCAAAGGUUACUCUUCCGCGGCUUGUUGACCACGUCUGGCAAAACCCUAUUCGGAGGAAUAAGUUCAAAUACCUGAUUGACCAUCCCGUUUCCCUAACGGGAGCCGGAAGGGAUAUUUCUUUUCUGUACGAUGUUAAGUAUGUUAAAGGAGAGACCAAGGAGAGCGCAGUCUGUCCCCCACAGACCAACAGUCCGUUACAGUCACAUGAUGGUGCCAUUGUUCCUCAUAAGCCAAAGAAACUAACAGAUACUUUGAUUCCUGAAGAAUUCCAUAUUGUGUCAAAUACAGGAGUUUCAGGUCUGGAGUGCUACGAUGACAAAUAUACUACUCUCCUUACAGACAGUGAAAAUAGACUGUUGCUCUUCCCAUCCAUGAAACCUAAUAAAAGAGUAGAAGUGGUCCAGCUGAAUGAUGUGAUGGAUACUAUGCUGGAGAGGGCUGGUGUGGAAAAUCAGGAAUACACAGGGCCAACCAAGAUGCACAAACUACUUCAUAUAUUGAAGAAGGAACAGACCAUUUACAAUACAGUAUUUCAUGAACUUAUUCGACAAGUCAGUGUGGACUGUGCAGAUAGAGGAGAACUACUGUCCAAAAUCAGAGAGCGGUAUGUACAAUUGCUUGACCAACUUGCCCGGCAGAUGAUUGACUUCUACAAAGACAUGGUAACUCAGCGAGUGAUAGACCAGCGCAUUUUAGAAGAAUUGUACAAUUUUAAGAAUGUUAUUGAGGAGCUGACCAGGGAGCUGUGUCUGGUUCGGGCACAUGAUGUGAAAUUAACAAAGGAAGCAGAGAGGGCCCACAGGGAUCUGGCACAAGCUCUUCUAGACGCUGAAAAGAACGCCAAAAUUGUAGAAGAAUAUCACGACUUAUAUACAUUACAAAGAGGGAGGAUGGAGAGUGAUAUUAAACAGUUAAUGACAGAAAGAGCUAUCUGGAGUUCAGCCACAUACGAAUUGUCCCUAAAGGUAAUUGAAAGAAAUAAAAUCUUAUUGGCUAAAAGACUUUACCUCAGUGAAAAAGGCUGGAAUAAAUAUACUAAGCAUUUCAUCAUACUGCUGUCAACUAAGGACACUGAAGACCUUGCACUGUUACAGAAGUUGACGCAGAAAUGGAGAAACUUAGUGAAUAAACUUAAACAGGAAGUGGAACAAAGUGAAGAGUCCACAAGGGAGAAAUUACAAAAUGUUAAGAAGGGCCUUGUCAAAUGGCAGCAGUUCUUCAGAAAUAAUAAUGGAAAAGAUAUUUUAUCUCCUGACAAAGAAAAUAUAUUCAAAUCAAUUGUUCCAGACUUCAAGGAGUGGCAGAAGAUGUUGAAUGAAGACAAAGACAAGUUUUCUGGGGAUCUCUUAGUGUCAAAAUACGAUUCUCUCAAGAUUAUUAAAUGUUUACAGGAAAACUGGGCAGAUAUUGGGCUAGCAAUAUUUAGUCGCCAUAAAAGUUUGGAGGGAAAGAUACCACCAGAGCAGAAGCACAUGGAGGAAAUUGUGAAAAGCAUAGGAAGACUAUACAAAGAAUUUCAAAUAAGAAUAAAUGGGGAUAAUGGUAUCUCUAAAAUUCUUCCAAGUUUGAUUACGUCUCUUGAAUUCUGCUCUUUCAAGUUGGAAAGCCUCCUCGAGUUUCCUGAAAUGCUUCUUGAAGACUGGGAGGGACUUAAUGAAAAAAUGAAUGAAAUGAAAUCUCAGUUGGAUGCAUUGUUAAGCAUUAUUGGUACUGUUCCACAGAACAUAGAUAUGGAUUCCGGCUCGGUACUCCAAGCACACAUAUUUAACAUGAUUCAACAAUGGCUUUUGAAGAUAGGCAAUGAGAUUAACGAUGGUAACAUGGAACUUCAGUGCCAAGUGGAUGAAUUGCAUAUACCCAUGAUCCAGUGGAUGGCAAAUUUGCUGAUUUUAAUGGCACCUGACUUUCCUGACCCAAACACUCUCAUAAAGUUGGAGGAGAAAAGUGAUGAAGAACAUGAAGUAGAAAUUGCAAAGUUAGAGCUAGAUGCGGCUGCCCUGGCAAAAAAGUUGUCCCAAUACUCCAUCUAUCUGAGCAGUUGUUGCAAAGAUCUGGUAACAGCUAUGGCUCUGAGUAAAGAAGAUCACUUAGAAAAAAAUCCUGCUAAGGAACUUCAUGAACUGAAUAAAAUGAAGAGAGAAUGUUAUGAGUGGAUCACCACGUGCUCUCACCUCCUUUCUGGCCUCAAAGGCAGAAAAAUUAAGUUAUUGACACAUGAAGAAAAACAGCACCUACUUGGAGAAGAGGGCACUGUAAAAGGAUUAAGUGAGCCUGAAACAGACAAGUCUCUGAAAGAGGAUGAAGAAGGUAUUGAGGAUAAGAAAUUUGAGGAGGAAAAGGAAGAAGAGAAAGCAGAAGAGAAACCUUCAACGUCGACAGAGAAGGAAAAACUCAUUCGAUUCAUUGGAGAAGACGAAAAUGUUCAUUCCAAACCUCUAUUUGGAACAGAUGUAUUGUCUUCCUGGAGAGAAGCAGCUGAUCAAGGUACAUUGGCCCCAAAGUAUCUUGAAGCAAUGGCUAUAAUUGAACGCACACAGGAGAAGUUAAUGGAGGUUGAAAGCAGAGCCAGACGAGCAGAGGAGAAGUUUGAUGAUGUAAGUGAGAAACUACAUUAUACCCUUAUGAGAAAUAGGGAACUGGAGAAAGAGCUAGAGGAAAUAUUGAUGAAGUAUAAAGAGAAGGACUCUGAAGGAGGAGAGGAAGAAAAUAAAGGGGAAAGAGGAGAAGAAGAACAAAAAGAAGAAGAAGAAGAAGAAAUGAGGCCAGUAGAAAGAGCCUCAAAGUCUUCAAAGAACGAGGUACAGCGCAAGGAGAGCUCUAAAUCCAAAACCCGGAUUAAAGCCAUUUACAGGAGCAAACCCAAGUAGCAACCAUAGGAUAGUGGGGUUCACCACGGCUCCCCUCACUGCGCUAACCCCAGAUAUCUCUGCACGUUUGAGCUCACAGUGUGGGUCGAUUGGAGGGACUCCCUUUGCAACAACUAGAAGAGUCAUGAUAUACAAUUCAUGAGUAUUUUUUCUUUAAGAGUCACAGGGGUGAUUGCAGGGAAUCAGUACAUUAGCUUAUUUCCAAGAUUAAAAAUAGCUUGUGCAAAGGU